CAAUUAUGUUGAAAGCAUAUGAAGCCAAUAUGCAAGAAAUUCAUAGUUUACAAGGCAAAGUUUCUAUUUUGAAACACGAUUUGAGCGAUACAAGUGAAUUGAAUGAGAAAUUGAAAGAAGAAAUUGGAGAGACCUUAAUAAAAUCAGAAAAGUUGAAAAAGAGCAAUGUCACAUUGCAAACUAAAAGUGAUAAUUUACUGUUGCAAAAUGAAAAUUUAAAAUGUACAAUUAAAACAUUGAAAAAGGAGAACGAACAAAUGGUGACAAUAAAACAAAUGGAACAGUUAUUGGACACAAAAUUAGCUAAACUUGAGAAUAGGAUUGUAAAAGGCCUGGUAAAUCCUAUAGGCAUUACCCCUCACGUAGCUACAAAACAAGCAACAAAUAUUGUGAUUGAGGAACAUGAUUCAACCGCUUCAGCUCGUUCUUCUUCGCCAGUGAAAUCAUUCCACGAUGAAUGUACUAACUUGCAAUUAAACAAGUACAUGAUUUACAUUAUAAUAUAUUGA